UUAUGUAAUUGUCAGUUUGUUAACAGCUGUGCGAGAAGCAUACUGGAACAAUGUAUAAUUUGGCCAUUUGCCGCCUUGCUGGAGGAUUAAAGAAGUUGAAUCAAGUUCUUUCUACAAGCAACACUCCAGGCAUUAUCUAUUCCCGGGCAACCAUGUCGCAGGAGGCACAGUAUCCACCCAUUGAGGCGGCGAUGAGAAAGGCUCUGCAAACGGAGCUGAAGCCGGUUCACCUGGAGGUUAUCAACGAAUCACCCAUGCACAAUGUCCCCAAAAGAUCCGAAUCCCACUUUAGAGUAUUUGUCGUAUCUGAUAAGUUCAAUGAUCUGACCUUAAUUAAGCGCCACCGCUUGGUCAAUGAUACGGUUAAAAAUGCCCUCAAUGCAGCCGGGUUUGAGUUCAUGCAUGCCUUAUCCAUUGAGACUAAAACACCAAAACAAUGGGAACCCGAACAACAACCGGCGACAAGUCCGCCCUGUCUGGGGGGGCACGGCAAAUGAGGAGGAGAGUGGACUAGACGGAAUUUAUAGGAAUGUUUAUAUAUACAAAAGGCAACAGAUUUCAUCUCAAUCACAAAAUAGAAAACACCAGGCUAAUAAUA